GCCGUCGCGUACCUAAAUGUUUGUCGCCGCAGCUCUUUGUUGUAGUUCUUUUGUUUUUUAGUGAAAAAAAAAAUAUUUUAGCAAUUUUAAUAACAAUUUUUAUGCUUGUAAUCAUAAAUUUGACGAUUACGGAAACAUAAUAUAAGCGAGAAAAUAAAAAUCUCGAUAUAAAACAACAAAUUUUAUUGUAUUUUCUUGUUUUAAAAACGGCUUCAAAAUUGGCAAAAUAAGGAAAAAUAGGAAAAUGAGCUACAACGACAAGAACGAUGGGAUUUCGAAGGAGGAGUGGUUAAUGCGUCUGGAACAAUUUCCGUUUAAACAAGCUGACAUGAAUCGUUUAAUAAUGAACUAUUUGGUAACAGAAGGAUUCAAGGAGGCAGCAGAAAAAUUUCAAAUUGAAGCUGGUCUUGAACCCAGCAUUGAACUGAGUUCAUUGGAUGAUCGUAUUCUAAUACGUGAAGCUAUUCAGAAUGGUCGCAUACAGGAGGCAACACAUUUGGUCAAUCAAUUGCACCCCGAAUUGUUGGACACUGAACAUCAUUUGUUUUUUCAUUUACAGCAAUUGCAACUAAUUGAACUCAUCAGAGUUGGCAAAAUUGAAGAUGCUUUAACAUUUGCUCAAAAUAAAUUAUCUGAAGCAGGUGAACAUACUCCAGAAGUUUUGAGCGAAUUAGAAAGAACAUUGGCUCUUUUGGCCUUUGAGAAACCACAAGAUAGUCCCUUUGCAUAUCUACUGGAGCAGUCUCACAGACAAAAGAUUGCCAGUGAAUUGAAUGCUGCCAUUCUUAAGUGCGAACAUAGUGCAGACUCAACACCGAAAAUUAUGUUUUUAUUGAAAUUAAUUAUGUGGGCCCAGUCGAAAUUAGAUGCCAGUGAAGUUAAUUAUCCAAAAAUGAAAGAUUUGGAAACUGCCCUUAUUGAACCUAAAUAAAUGAUUUUUUUUUAAUUUUUCAACUUCAUUAGACUUUUUUUAAGUUUUAUCUGUUCAAUUAAUGAAACGUAUUAGAAUUAAUAAAUCAUAUAGAAUUAAAACGAAACAAAAUAAAAUAUUUUAGAAGUCGUACCUAAAUACUACUUUAAUUUAUACAUACAUA